AAACCAUUAAAUGAAGAAAAAAUAUCCGAAAACCACAUUCCCAGUACCCACCACCGAGAAACCCACCCCUCAUUCUUUUCUCUCUCCUCUAUUUCAUGGCUUUCUCCUCUGUAAUGGGGACAUGGGGAGCAAAAAUACAGAGAAAUAAAAAUUUAUGAGCAAAUAAUGGAGAAUAAGGUGGUCGAGCCCGCUAAUACGGUGAGUUAUGCAGUUAAGGUGAGCCUUGAGGUCCGGGAGGAGCUGGAGAGAGCGAGGUCGAGGCACAAUUCAGCGGUCACGUCGCUGCCCACCACUUGGUCGAAACCGGAUGUUGGUUGGACGAAAGUGAAUGUGGAUGCGGGUGUUCUGGGAGAUACUGGCACAGGUAUUGGCAUGGUGAUGAGGGACAGUGAAGGAGUGAUUGUGGCUUGCUCUUCAUGGCAGGGUACGGAGAAGUGGGAAACUAGGGUGGCGGAAGCCAAGGCCGUGGCUAUGGGCCUGCAGCUAGCUCAGGAGAUGGGAGUAAGGGAUGUGGAAAUGGAAAGUGAUUGUCUGAUGGUAAUACAACCGUUGCGUGGUGGCUCUCAAGGAAACAACAGCUUUUCUCUAGUGAUAGAUGAUAUCCUUGAUUUAUGUUCUAGCUUUGAUAAUGAUAAUGUUAAAUGGUCUUUUGUCAAACGUAGUGGUAAUUGGGUGGCUCACAAUUUAGCUCAUUUUCAACCAUGGAAUUUUGGGCAGCGAGUGUGGGUUAACGAUGUACCGAAUGAUGUGUUGAAUGUUGGUUUUUCUGACCUAUUAAUAUAAUUCCCCUCUAAGGGUUUCCUCAAAAAAAAAAAAUUAUGAGCACAAAAAA